AUGCGUGCUCUAUGGAUAUUUGUGUUUCUGGUUAUUGUCGGUGCUGCCAUCGCUCAGGGAGGUCAUGAAGGACACGAAGGACACGGCGGCCACAUGAGGCACGACAUUUCGAUGAAGCUAUUCCUAAUAUGUGGUUUGAGAUGUCCAUAUGCAUUUCAAGAGCUCCUUCUUUUCAGAUUGAAACGCCAAUUCGGAUUUGAUCCGUUCAUGAUGGGUGGCAUGUUCGAUCCCUUUAUGAUGGGUGGAUUCGGUGGAUGGGGAUGGGGUCGUUAG